CCCUUCAUAAAGAUCAGAGAGAGAGAGAGAGAGAAACAGUGUGAAAGUAAGACAGAGAGAGAGAGAGAGAGAGCGCAAUGGAGGUGGUAGUGGAAUCGGAGGUGUGUCGGAUAAUGAUGGGAGUUAACGAGUCGACAAUCAAGGGAUAUCCUCAUCCUUCAAUUAGCAGCAAAGGAGCUUUCGAAUGGACUCUGAAGAAGAUCGUUCGCUCCAACAUCUCCGCCUUCAAGUUCCUCUUCCUCCAUGUCCAAGUCCCCGACGAAGAUGGUUUUGAUGACAUGGAUAGCAUAUAUGCAUCACCUGAUGAUUUUAAGAGGAUGGACCGCAGGGACAGGAUAAGAGGGCUCCAUUUGCUUGAGUUCUUUGUCAAUAGGUGUCAUGAGCUUGGGGUUGCUUGUGAAGCAUGGAUCAAGAAAGGUGAUCCCAAGGAAGUUAUCUGCCAUGAGGUCAAACGAGUCCAACCUGAUUUACUGGUUGUGGGAAGCAGGGGUCUUGGCCCUUUCCAAAAGGUUUUUGUUGGAGCUGUGAGUGAAUUUUGCGCAAAGCAUGCUGAGUGCCCCGUCCUCACAAUCAAGCGCGCUGCUGAUGAGACUCCUCAAGAUCCUGUUGAUGACUGAUUGUAUCGGUCAAUGGACUUCAAAUAAUCGCAGUGGCACGAAUGCAUGUAAAUGAAGUACCCGUGAAAAUUUUCUCUGCUUGUUCUCCUUAAAACAAUUGCCGUGGUACUUGUGCCUGUAAAUAAAGUGUUCAUGAAAUUUUUCCCUGCUUGUUUUCCUCUGCGUUUCUCUUUCCCCUCUUGGAAAUGCAUAUACUAAACCUGGCUUCCAUCAUUUUUUGCACCGGGUUUGGAGGUGCAUUUGGAGUUGGUUUUGUGCUUAAAAAUGGAGAAUGCAGCUGAUUUGUGUUCUUCACUCCCUUGUUUCUAUGUCAGUUUCUUGUCAUUUUGGCA